AGAAAGAGAAGAAGGAAGUUGAAGGGAUUGAUUAAUGUCAUAGACUCAUAGCCAACCCACAUAGCUUAGUGGGGUUCUCUCUUUGCCUGGCUGAAAUGGUAGUUUGGUUUUUUUUUUCAUAGAGUAGAUCGCCGGAUUUUAACAUGACACGCAUUGCUAUUAACGAUACGUGUCUGCCUUCUCCGCCCAAAAUCAACCUCUACCUUCCAUUUUCUAUGUACCCAUUCCUUCCAAAUAUUCCUCUCUUCCAUUAAUUCCAUUUCUCUGUUACACCCACCUUCACAUUUCCCAUUUCAUUCUUGAAACUACCCUUUUCAUGGCGCCUUCCAAUACCAAUCCUGUUGCAGUUGCAGAUGAAGUUCUUCAGAAAUCAAGAGUCACCGUUGUUGGUAGUGGAAAUUGGGGUAGUGUUGCAGCCAAGCUCAUUGCUUCUAACACCCUCAACAUCAAUUCUUUCCACGAUGAAGUUAGGAUGUGGGUCUUUGAGGAGACAUUGCCAUCCGGUGAAAAACUCUCCGAAGUCAUCAAUCGGACCAAUGAGAAUGUUAAGUAUCUUCCUGGUAUAAAAUUACCUAAAAAUGUUGUUGCAGAUCCUGAUAUUGAACAUGCAGUGAAGGAUGCUAACAUGUUAGUGUUUGUGACUCCUCAUCAAUUCAUGGAGGGGAUUUGCAAGAGGCUAAUUGGGAAAAUUAGGAAAGAUGCUGUAGCAAUUUCCCUAAUUAAAGGAAUGGAGGUCAAGAAGGAAGGACCUUGCAUGAUCUCUACCCUCAUCUCUGAAAUUCUUGGGAUCAGUUGUUGUGUUCUAAUGGGAGCCAACAUUGCCAAUGAGAUUGCAGUUGAGAAGUUCAGCGAAGCAACGGUUGGAUAUAGGGAGAACAAAGAGAUUGCGGAGAAAUGGGUUCGCCUAUUCAAUACUCCUUACUUUAUGGUCUCAGCUGUUCAAGAUGUGGAAGGAGUCGAACUUUGUGGAACUCUUAAAAAUGUUGUGGCUCUAGCAGCAGGCUUUGUGGACGGCCUCGAUAUGGGAAAUAACACUAAGGCUGCAAUAAUGAGAAUUGGCUUGAGAGAGAUGAAGGCCUUAUCCAAGCUAUUGUUUCCUUCUGUCAAAGAUAAUACAUUCUUUGAGAGUUGUGGAGUAGCAGAUCUGAUAACUACUUGCUUGGGAGGAAGAAACAGGAGAUGUGCUGAUGCUUUUGCAAGGAACGGAGGAAAAAGGUCUUUUGAUGAACUUGAAGCAGAGAUGUUGCAAGGCCAAAAACUGCAGGGUGUCUCUACAGCAAAGGAGGUUUACGAGGUUCUAAGUCAUCGAGGAUGGUUAGAAUUAUUCCCCCUUUUCUCAACAGUUCAUGAGAUCUGCAGUGGCCGUCUUGCUCCCUCAGCCAUAGUUGAAUAUACCGAGCACUCAGCCAGAUUGCCCUUGCUGUAGAGUUCUGCUCACUUGAACUGAUAUGCAGAGAGUUGAAGUCAAUAUAUAAAUCUAGAUACUCCAGAUUUUGGUUACUUAUCAGUCCCUGCUUCUCUUGUUUUCCCCCCUUAUAAUGAAUAGUACAAUUUUGAGGAGGGGCUGGUGUCCUCCUCAUAAGCCAUCAGCAAUUUGAUGCCAAGAAAUCAUAGCAUUUGA